AUUUAAUAUCAAGUUGACUCAUUUUUUUUAAAUGACAAGACAUGGAUUCACGUGAAGAUUCUCAACCUUCAAACACAACUCCAAGUUCUUCUAGUGAAUCAAUAACCCGAACUUCAUGUAUCCGUCAACGGUAUAUGGUGAUUUUUAUAAUAAUGCUUAUGACAGCAAACCUCUUCGCCAGUCGUGCGAUUACCGGCGAAACCAUUAACUUCUUUGCAGAUGUAAAACAAAAAAUCAAAAACACUACAAACACACAUCAAUGUACAGAGCUGCACCAAAUCCGUGAUGAGAAAAAAAACUUUACAAAAAUUUUCCAAAUAGAAAAAGCAACGAGCGACAACAUCCAAUCCCUAUUUUUCAUCACCUACAUUAUUUCCCAUGUUCCGGGAGGAAUUUACUCAGACACUCGCAGUCCCAAACACUUACUUUCCUUUAUGACAGCAACAUGCGCUCUUAUCAAUUUUGUAAUUCCUUCGCUGCUGAAAGCGACCAAAGGCAAUCACAAUGUAAUGCGAGUUGUGGCUUUAGUUUUGGGUGCUGUUCAGGGUGUUUUCUUUCCCGCGACAUCGAAUAUGAUAGCCCAUUGGGCUCCCUUGCGCGAGCGAGCUUUUAUGAUGUCCAUAGCAAUGGCAGGAUUAGUUUUGGGGAUUACUGUAAACAAAAUUGGCACAAAACUUAUUGUGAAAUCGUCCGGAGAGUGGACAACGCCGUUUUAUGUUUUUGGGGGCACUGGGCUUUUUUUAACCUUGAUUUGGGAGGUGUAUGUGUUCUCAGACCCACACAAAGAUCCGAGAAUUACGCCAGAGGAGAAGGAGUACUUGGAUUUGGAGAUGCGCGACACUGUUGACCACAGACGCAAGAGCAUUCCCUACGUCGCAAUCCUCACUUCCCCCCAAGUCUGGAUUAUGGUACUUGCGCAUAUAGCCAAUCGUUGGCUGUGGAGUUUCGUUGGUUUGAAUAUUCCAGAUUACUUAAAAGACAUUUUUGAGUACAGUGAUUACAAAGCUAACGAGAUUUCCUCACUUCCAUAUGUUGUAAUGAUGGUGACCUUAGUUUGCUUGGGCUUCCUCUCUGACUGGAUCACCCGAAACGAUUACAUAAAUAUCUCAACAAUGCGGAAAUGUUGCACUAGUCUUGGCAUGAUGGGACCUCCAAUUUACAUUCUAACUGGUUCAUACGCCAAAUGCAAUAUUGUUGGUGCGAUAACUAUGUUUGUAUGUGGAAUGAUUUUUAUGGCGUCUUGCUUCAUGGGUCUGUAUUUAUUACCAAUGGAUUUAGCACCCAACUAUGCCGGAGUUUUAACGACUUUUACUAACGGAUUUGGAAGCAUUUCUGCGAUUUUUCUCAAGAAGGUUUCAUCAACGGUAGUUCCUGAUAAAACUCUUCUUCAGUAUAGACAACUGUUCUGGAUAACGUUACUAAUAGCUACAGUUGCAAAUACGCUGUUUGUGAUUUUUGGUAGCAGCAAACUCCAACCAUGGAACAGACCAUUACUUAGAAGAAAAUAAAAUUUUCAACUAAAUGUUUUUUUAAACUUUAUCUUAAUAAACAAAUGAAAAAUU